CUCUCUUCAACCCGAACCGCUUCCAAACCUCCGAAAUCCACUCUCAAAUUCCUCUGUAGCUACGGCGGCAAAAUUCUCCUUCGUUACCCCGAUGGCAAGCUCCGUUACCUCGGCGGCCAUACCUGCGUCCUCGCCGUCGAUCGCUCCAUUCCAUUCUCCGAGCUAUUGCUGAAGCUAGAGGAGCUCUGCGGUGCCUCUGUGAGGCACCUCCGCUGCCAAUUACCUUCUGAAGACCUCGACGCUCUUGUCUCCAUCACCUCCGACGAGGAUCUCACAAAACCUCAUCGAGGAAUACGAUCGCGUUUCAUUGCCGAAAUUGUAUAAAACUACAGACAUGAUGCAGCCAGGGCUGAGAAUGCUUUGACUCUUCUUUAUGGCAAUGAGCCAAUCGGCAUGCAAAGAGACUGGAAUGAAGAGCUGCAGUCUUGUAGAGAAUUUCCUCGUACAUCUCCUCAGGAGGAUUUUGCGGGAUAGGGCACUUUAUAAAGUGACAUCAGACUUUGUUGAUGCAGCUAUUAAUGGUGCUAUUGGAGUGAUCAGUGGUUGCAUUCCUCCGAUAAACCUGACUGACCCUGAAUGCUUUCACAUGUAUGUGCACAACAAUAUAUUCUUUAGUUUUGCUAUUGAUGCUGACCUUGAGAAGCUGUCAAAGAAACUUGUGGAUGCUAAUUCAAAAUCUUGGAGCUCCAGCUCUUUGCAAAGUUCUUCUGAUAAAGAUUCCAUUCCAGUUCAUGGAGAAAGUCAGGUUCCUAAUGGGGGUAAAGAUGAUGGUUCAAGUUCUGAAGAUCUUAAUAGCACAGAAAUUACUCAAGAUGUUUCUCCAGAAGCUCAGCUGGCUGAGAAUGAGCAAGCCACAUAUGCUUCUGCAAACAAUGAUUUGAAGGGCACAAAGGCUUACCAAGAAGCUGAUGUUCCUGGACUUUAUAAUCUUACCAAGAAGCUGAUGUUCCUGGCACAAAGGUUCUUUGGCCAGAAUGUGGUUGGCAGCCAGUGUCUCUGACAGAUAUGAUUACCUCUUCUGCAGUUAAAAAAGUGUAUA